CUCGCCGGAGAUAUUUAAACGGGACGGCAUGGAAAUGAGAGGAAGCACCUUAAAAAAUUAGGAAAAAAAUAGAAAUAAACAAAAAAAAAAAGAGAGAAAGAGAAGAAGGAGGAGGGAAAAUCAGAAAAAAUGGAGGAGAUAAAGAUUUGGGGGCUAAAGGGCACAAACAUCUCUUCCACAUUUACCCUUCACUUAAAGCCAAUCCACAUACUUGCUCUCCUUCGAGACACUUCGUCUUCCCAAUUCCAUCUAGGGUUCUGCUCUCCUCCGUCUCUCUGCGUAUUCUGCAAAUCUGAUGAUAAUGGAGGCGUCUGAAGGUUCUUCUUCAGCUUUAGCUGGCUUUAUAGAUAGGAGAAGGAGAAGCUCUCUGAUUCGUCGACCCCGCGACAUCAAACGGAGCUUGCAUAGUUUCACUUUUAUGAAACCCUCAACACAGGCGAACAUUGCUCCUAGCAAAGAAGGUAACCCAAGUCUUUGUGGGUCUGCAAGUGAGAACCCACUGAAACUGAAGCUUAAGCUUGGUGGUGUCACUCGUACAAUCCAAACCAACUCAGAGACCGGUUUUUAUACUAAAGCUACGGAUGAUGGGCAGAAGCCGUUUCAAAAUAAGGUGAAAGGAAAUGUACCGGAGCAGAGAUGUGUUCAGAAAACUAUGUAUCUUGGAUCUAGAGUAAACCCCUCUGAGACUCUGAGUGGAGCAUCCAUGUCCGAGAAUCGCAAACGAGGUCUCAAAAAGCGUUUAUUGGAUCCAGAACAAGACAGUGAUGAUGAUGGAGAUGAGGAAAUCAGAUAUCUCGAGAAGUUAAAGUCUAGAAGGGUCACCAGGGACUAUCAUGAAGGUAAAGAGGGUCACAGCAAUGGACACAACGUGGAUGAUGAAGAACAUCUCUCAUCAGACGAACAUGCUGUAACUGAAAGGAAAAGGCUGAGGGUGGGAACGGUUGAUUCGGUUGCAGAAGGAUCAACAAAUGCACCAGUUCCUACUACACGUACUCGGGCUCUCCAAUCUUGGAAAGAUCCGUAUUCUCCCAUCGGGUCAGGUCCUCUUGAAUUUCCUGAUGGCUUACCUUGCCCGUCUUCUAAAAGAAAAAAACAGAAGCUUUCUGAGGUAGAGCAGCAAUCGAAGAAGGCCGAAACUGCACAGAGACGACGAAUGCAGUCCGAGAAGGCUGCCCAAGAAGCCGAGGCUGAAGCUAUCAGGAAAAUACUCGGGCAAGAUUCAGGGAGGAAGAAAAAAGAGGAGAAGAUUAAAAAACAACAGGAAGAACGAGCUCAGGAGAGAGCUGCAAGAUCAAGUACACUCGCAUCAAACACUGUCAGAUUGAUUAUUGGUCCAAGUGGAACAACUCUGACAUUUUCUGAAGACAUUGGCCUUCCGGAUAUCUUCAAACCCAUCACUUACAGUUAUCCUCCUCCACGAGAGAAAUGUGUGGGGCCAAACUGCGAGAAAGCUUACAAGUACAGGGAUUCAAAGUCGAAGCUACCACUAUGCAGUCUCAGUUGUUACAAGGCUCUUCAAGCGAAGAUGCUACAACCUUCGAUUCAUUUCUAAUUGCUUAACACGUUUUUUGUCGAAUGUAUUAUUAACACGUAAUUGUUUUUUAACAUGAAGAAAACUUCGCAUCCUUUGUUAACACUUGUUCAGAGGGAACUUGGAAUUCGGGUUACUAGGAUCAUAAGAAGAAUUCACUUGACCUUUAUUUUAUUAUACUUUGGUUUGAAAUUCGUUUCAUAUAGCAAAAGACACUUAAG